UAUGAUUCCGUGCUCCUACUAUGACCUUGCACCCAUUCCGUUUUGUCCCCCUUCAUUUCUCCUCACUGGCGUCGUAGUAAUUGCUCAAAUAUGGCUUCGUUCAUCGUACCCAUGGAACUCGUCGACAGCAUGUUUGACGAGCUCAACACCCCGGCCGACCUCUUUUCUUGCUCUCUCGUGUGUCGCAACUGGCACGCGUUUGCCCAAGCGCGGCUGUUCUCUCGUAUUCAGCUCGACUCCAAUUUUGGCAAGCCUCCAGUGAAUACUGUGCACAAGUUCCAUCACCUGCUCUCUGCGUCGCCGCAUGUCGCAUCGCAUGUCAGGGAGGUGACUGUAUGCGUACGGGCCCAUGACAGUGACGACAAAUUACCAUGGAUACUGUCUAGGCUUUCUAAUCUCAAGAGCCUGAAGAUCCAAGGUAGCGGUCGCGUCGUUUGGGAGAACUUGCCUCAGGGCGUCCGGGCAACUUUGGAGACAGCCAUGACCCGUGUCGCCCGUCUCCAGCUCAGCUUACUCAUCUUCUCCGGCGACAUGCAGAACAUCUUCUCUCUGUUCGCCAAGUCGACAGUGUUAACGGAUCUUGCACUGUUCCAGAUCUUUCCACGCACCCCCGCACCCGUGGAUGUCAAUGGUCCUGUGACUCAGGGUAUUCGCUUGCGUUCACUGUCCCUCACGCUCAAACCCGAGGUCCUCACAUACACGCUGCACAUCCUCGGGACCACGAUGGACGUGUCGGAGCUUCGACAUUUGGCAGUCCACACCUAUUCGUGGUGGGACAACAAGGCGUUGCAGGAGUUUUUGAAGAUUCCUACUCUCCAGUCGCUUUCAUUUGCUCCCGCUUCUCCUCUUGCAUACAAUAACCCGGUAACGUUUCCUCGUGUUCGUCGAAUAAGCCUGACGACAUGCGUUUUAUCCGAGCUUCCUUGGGCUCUCUCAAGCGUCGUCGCUUGGUGGACAGAACUCUUCAGCCAGUCCGAAAUGCGAAUGCUCGAGGAGGUCAAUUUGGAGCUAGUAGCAAAGUCUUUGCUUGAUCUUGGAGACAAGAUGUGGGUGAACCUCGACGCUGCAUUGGCGCGCCUACCUGUCAAGAAGGUUGUGGUGACCGCUAAACAUCCUCGGGUGAGCGCCAAGGCUAUUGAGCAUUCGUUCCCUCAGCUUAGGCGUGCGGGCGUAUUGGAUGUAUCGGAGAGAAUUGAUCUUGCAAUACUUAGUGCAUCUAUUUUGUAGGAUAUAUUUUGGGGACUAAGCUUUCUUAGGGUAUAUGGUCGGUAUGUUUUGGGUCUAUGUUGUUGUAGGGUAUAUUGUAGGGUACAUUUUUUGGUCUCUGUGGUAUAUGGGAUGUAAUAAUAUUAAUGAUUAUCAGGGAUCUUCAAC